AUGGGCACAGGAAUAGUCUCCAUCCUCCUCCACAACCUCCCCUACAACGGGCCAUGGCUCUACUGGAUCUCAAUAACAAUCUUCGCCCUAAACGUCCUCCUCUUUGCACUGGGGACUAUAAUCAGUUUUCUCCGGUACAGUCUAUACCCCGAGAUAUUCACCGUAAUGAUCACGCACCCAGUACAGUCAAUGUUCAUGGGGACAUUUCCCAUGGGCCUCGCGACGAUAAUUAACAUGAUCGUUUUCGUCUGUGUCCCCAUCUGGGGAGAAUGGGUACGAUAUUUCGCAUGGGGACUGUGGAUUUUCGACGCGGGUAUUUCGGUCUUGACGGCUCUUUCGUUGCCGUUUAUUCUAAUGGCCAACGGAAGCGAAACACAUCUUUCUUCCAUGACGGCCGUUUGGCUUUUGCCAAUCGUUAGCUGUAUUGUUGCGGCUUCGUCGGGAGCGGUUGUUGCUGAGAUCCUGCCCAAUGAACAGUAUGCUCUGUGGACGCUAAUAGCAAGCUACGUGCUUUGGGGCAUGGGUCUCCCACUUGCACUCAUGGUAAUGGUGAUUUAUCUAAUGCGACUAACUCUCCACAAACUACCGCCGAAAGCGGUGAUCGUGAGCGUCUUUCUUCCCUUGGGUCCGCUGGGACAGGGGGGGUAUGGUGCAAUGAAAUUAGGCCAAUGUGCCCAGAAGAUCUUCCCGCAGACGAAGACGUUAGAACAAUCGUCUGGGUCAACGUUUUAUACACUGGGAUUUCUGGUAGCGCUGAUUCUAUGGGCUUUUGGCCUUGUUUGGCUGUUUUUUGCGUCUGCUUCGAUUGUUCGAUUGAAGAGCUUUCCGUUUAAUAUCGGGUGGUGGGGAUUCACGUUUCCGUUGGGGGUGUUUGCGGCGAGUACGGUGCAGAUGGGGAAUGAACUUCCUUCGAAGAUUUUCCAUAUUCUGGGGACGAUUUUGUCUGUGCUGGUGGUGAUACUGUGGAUGGUGGUUAGUUUGGGGACUCUGCGGGGAGUAGUGUCCGGAAAGCUCUUUCAUGCGCCGUGUUUGGGGGAUCUAAGAGUGGAGCAAAAGGGAAAGGGAAAAGAAGUGUGA